CGCGAUCGAAAGCGAUCACUCUUCGUCGAUCAAUCGUAUUACCAGGCAACGAGUUUUCGACGUUCAAAAAGCGACUUAACAUAUAUUGUAAUAUUCAUUUGCACGCGCAGCGGUGGGAUAUUCCGUUUUCGUUCAGUGAAAUCGUGUGUUGGCUGUAUUUCUUUGAACAUUUCUUUGAAUCUAUUAUUACUUGAAUCUCUUACUAGAACCUUUGAUUUGCAAUUCAGACAAAAACGGGAUUUUUCAUAUAUUGAACACUCAUUUUACCACAUUUGCCGCGCAUUGCGUCGUAUAUUGAAUAUAUUAUUGCAAAUUGUUGAUUAUUGUGUAUUUAUAUUGUAUAAUUCCUGUUAAUUUGAUUUAUAUAUUUUUGUGUGUUGCGAUAAUUGUUCGCUUGCGUUGCGGUAAUUUGUCAAAUUCCGUUAAUUAUUUAUUUGUCUGUUAUAUUUAUUAUUUAUUAAUCUAUUUAUUUCUAUUUAUUUCUAUUUAUUUAUUUAUUCUUAUUUAUUUUGCGUUAUUUAUUUACUUAUUUAAUUAUUUUGUGUUCUGUCCACUCAUUUUGUGUUCCAUUCAGAUUAUUUCUCUAUUUUGAUUCAUACGAUCGAACAAUUAUCGCAGAUUUCGUUUUGAAUACGGUGUGCUACAUUAUUUGAUUAUUUGUGAAUAUUUAUAUUUAUUUGUGUCUUUUUCUACUGAUCUAUAUUUUGUAACUGAAAAAGUACACUUUGGAAUAUGUACGAUCCGCCGAUUGAUGCGGGCGCGAGCGGAAGCGCCUCGCAAACGAUCCGCGAUGACGGUGACGACCUUUUCGCCACUGUAAUCGAACAGCGAUUUAUGCCGAAGAACACGUAUCACUAUUACUAUUGUCAAAUCGCGAACAUCCGCAUGAGGCGCGACGAAUCCGUGUACGUUUUCCAUGAUCGAAUUAGGGCCUUGCUUAUGGACAUAGAAGAUAUAAUUAAGACCGAUUACGAAGGUGAUAGUCAGCUGAUGAUGGCACCAGUUCGAACUACGGCGUUAGAUUCAUUUAUUUAUGGGUUACCUGAUGACAUAGCGAGAGUCGUGGAAGCGCAAGAUCCUAAAACGUUGGAGAAUGCAGUAGAGAUAGCAGUUCGCGUGGAAUCGCGGCAUCGCCGUCGAUUACUGUGGCAUGAUUCUCGACAUCCGAGUUACGAUUUAGGGUAUCGCCGGGAACAUAGCGAUCGCGAUUAUAGACCGCGUUAUGAGGGUCUCAGCCCUGAGCGGAACUAUGGUCGACCGUAUCCACGUUUUGAUUCAUAUUCACCUGUUAGGCACGAGCCUCAUUCGCCAAGGCAAGGCUCGUACUCGCCAACAAGACAACAACCGAGUCGGGAGUUUAAUCGGGCUACGAGCCCUGAUAGGGCGUUUAAUACCGAAUCGCGAGAUGCACCCGCCCAGCAGACGCAUCAUUGUAAAUCUUGCCGUUGUGCGAGGGCAUCAUACGCGCGAACAAAUGUCCAUUCGCGUUCAUCAAGUCCAGAAACUGUAUCGACCGAGACGUUACGAUCAAGGAGCGAUCACCGCCCGUGCUCUCCAUCUUUGGGUGAGCCGGUAGCAGGACCUUCGACCGCGUCCCGCAGAUCGCCGUCUCCGAACGCGAGAGAUCCUUUGAACACGACGACGAGUCGACGGUUACUCGAGCGUCAUCUGAAUCAAAAAGUACAAUUUAAGACACGGUCUUACGAUUAGCCAUAGAAACGAAGCGCCACACGCCCAUCGUUAAAAUUCCAUCGGUAGAUCUUGAAACAGGAAACGCGCAUUUUCUAGUCGAUACGGGCGCGGAAAUAAACUUAAUUAAACUGAAUUUAUUGCGAAAUGAUUUUCCAAUCGCAACGCAUGAGGCCACGAUUAUAUCCGGGAUAACCCCUCAAAAGGAUCGUACGAUAGGAACGACUAUCGUCUACGUACGAUACGUUUUCUGUUACGCCCCGGCGGAAAAUUUGAAAUUCAUCCGCCUUGCGUCCCUUAUCAAGCCCUUUUGGGUUCCGAGAGUAUCUCAUGUGAGGGGCGUGAGGUGGGUGUUUCACUUUUCCGCCAAUCUUUUCGUUCCUCCUCGACCUUGUACA